AUUUAUAACGCAAAUGUCUGAAAGCUAUGAUAUUGACAUAAACACCGGCGUCGACGAGGACGAUGCUAUGAUGGUUGACGAAGAUCUGUCUUCUGUUGCCACCGAAAUUCUUAGAGACACGCAUAUAAUUACAUUCGAAGAUUUAAAUAUAAAGAUCUUAUACGUUUUUAUUCUUUAUUUGCAUACAGAUGCCAGGCCGGCCUCGGUCAAACGCAAAGGACGUGGGUUCAGAAGUGAAUCAAAAGAUGAAUCUAGAGAUGGCGUGAGAUCUGGUGACAAAUACGAUCAAUUUGAAUCUACUACUGACGAGGAUGCAGCCGCUGGACGUGCCCAAAGAUCCGUUGAAGGGUGGAUUGUUUUGGUAGUCGGUCUUCAUGAAGAAUCUACGGAGGACGAGAUCACUGAUAAAUUUGCAGAUUAUGGCGAAAUAAAGAAUUUACAUCUAAAUUUGGAUAGGAGAACGGGUUUC